AAAAUGACGUGCAACUCAAACCAGGUCCAAUAGCAGGUAUUUAAAGAGGCAUACAUGCAUAUUCAGGGAGUACUUCACUAUUCAGCACUCUUCUGAAUAUAGGUUUUACGAUAGGUUACAUACAGCCUUAGAAGUUUUCGCAAACGACACCAUCUAAGUUUCCAUAUAUACCUCUAUCUAUCUAUCUAUCUAUCUAUCUUCAACAAACUUGUCUGAAUAGUUACAUUUAUAUUCACAUAUAUCCCACACUUACGCCUCUUGGCUCCGCGACAAGAUGACAACCGAAGGCAGCGUUGGAGAACAGUCAAAAUAUGAAAGAACUCAGCAGCAACCUGAGAAUCCGUUCGCAAAUCUAAUCCCGGAUCAAAAAAUUGCUAUCGUUCCCAGCUUCACUCUUGAAUCUGGCGUUACCUUGCGAAAUGUGCCAUUGGCAUAUACAACGCGAGGAAAGUUGUCUCCAAACGGAGACAAUGCUAUGGUCAUAUGCCAUGCUCUAACUGGCUCUGCUGAUGUUAGUGACUGGUGGGGACCCCUGCUCGGCGGUCCUGGUCGGGCGUUUGAUACCUCGAGGUUCUUCAUCGUCUGUAUGAACAGCUUAGGUAGCCCUUAUGGCACAGCAAGCCCAAUAACUGCCAAAGACGGCGAUCCGAACAACGAGAGAUAUGGACCUGAGUUUCCUCUUACCACUAUAAGAGAUGAUGUCAACUUGCAUAAAAUGCUCCUAGAUGACUUAGGUGUACGUCAGAUUGCUGCCGUCGUUGGCGGUUCUAUGGGAGGUAUGCUCGUACUUGAAUGGGCAUACUUUGGUAAGGAUUACGUGAGAAGCAUUGUCCCAAUCGCUACUUCAAGCCGACAUAGCGCUUGGGGGAUUAGUUGGGGCGAGGCUCAACGGCAGAGCAUAUAUGCGGACCCGAAGUAUGACGAUGGUUAUUACUCCUUCUCCGACCCGCCUACGACCGGCCUUGGGGCAGCCCGUAUGUCGGCGCUUUUGACUUAUCGUAGCCGAAACUCCUUUGAGGCCCGUUUCGGACGCAACAUUCCGGACCCGGCCAGGCGCCAGACGAUCCGAGAAAGGCCACGCCCUAGUACCCCAUCUGAGGCUCAUUUCCAUAUUCACAAUGAUGGCCACAAAACAACGCGGCUAUCAAGGAACAACAGCUACACGGACAGUCAGCUAGCUGUCUCCAACGAGACUGAUGCAAGUAAAGCCAAUGGUACCAAUGGUCAGUCGCAUGAUCCUCAAUUCUCCGGUCCGAAGACGGACAGCCCUAGUAAAGAAGAAUCAUUGCCCACGACAACCUACUUCUCAGCUCAGUCAUAUCUUCGCUACCAAGGGGAGAAAUUUGUCAAGCGUUUUGACAGCAACUGCUACAUUGCUAUUACGCGAAAGUUAGACACGCACGAUGUUUCACGAUAUCGGGCUAAUAGCAUCGCGGAGGCGCUCGCUCUCAUUGAACAGCCUACUCUCGUUCUGGGAAUUGAAAGCGACGGGCUCUUCACAUUCGCCGAGCAACAGGAGCUAGCGGAGCACAUAAAGAAUGCUAGGCUUGAGAAGAUAGACAGCCAGGAGGGUCAUGACGCUUUCCUGCUGCAAUUCGAGCAAGUCAAUAAAUACAUUCUGGAGUUCCUGCACGAAACGCUCCCUGAUAUUAUGGCUAGACAAGGGGACCACGUGGAGGCAGCUAGCGUCGGCCAAUUAACUAAAUCCAGCACGUUUGGAGAAGCUGAAGUAGAGGAUAUAACCGCGUGGUAGAUAGUCAAUACACAGAGACUAUCAAAAUGACUCGAUACUGGAAACUAUCCGACGAUUUCCCCAUACAAUGGUCAAAACGCAUCGCUCCAUGGUGUAGGUCUAGAACUGAUGCUUGGCGGUGCCAGAUCGCGCUAGUGCCUAGAAUCGAGAGACAUACAGGGUAAGCCUGUUAUGUACGUGUCCCGAGUUUCUGGUAGAGACCAGCAGCGUCGAAUCAGAGGUUCAAUCUUCGACAUGCGCAUCGAAUCGAACCAGUAACGGACCUAGUAUCC